AGUCAGGAUCGUUGUAAGGCAAUAACUGGCGGUGUUUUGGCUUUGGAAGCAAUUCUGAAGAAGUGGUACAAAAAGAGUGGUACAUUAACGGAUGACAAACUCUUUGCAACCAUCCACAAUGUGCACAUGUUGCAAAUUCAUUAUGAGAUCUACCCAACUCUAAGAGAACUAGAAGAUCCAAGAUGCUGCAAAAGACUGUUCAGUAACCAUGUUACUUGCUGGUACAAUGAGCGCUUACAGGAAGCAGAACCCCAGCAGGAGCCAUCACCUAACCAAACCAAGUCAGAUGUCUCCAUUGUGGGCAAGAGCUUGGUUAGAGGGCCAUGCUCUGAACCUUUAAACCAGGACAUCAAAAAUGUAGAAAGCGGCAGAGAAGGGCCGUUGCCAUGGAAGGGUAUAGACCAUUUGCACCGCUUGGCCUCCCUGCUGAAGGUGCCAAGAGGAGAACUGCUCUCACUUCUUGCUUCACUUGCUGCCAAGGCUGGGAGGCUCAAGGAAGCUGUGGAUAUUUGCAGGCUGAUCAUAGAUGACCCAGGCAGGGUAGACUGCACAAGUGUUGUAUAUGAGGUAGUACAGUUGGUUGUAGAAAAUCAGCAACUCCAGCAAGAUGGCAGUGAUAGAUCUGCACUUGCUAUAAACUCUACAGCUCAGUUCGAGAAAAGUGCAAGCAUCAAAUCACGUGCUGAAAUAAUUGAUGUUAUCCAUGACCUUGUGUGUUCAUCCCUCACAACUGCACAACCUGAUUUACUGCAGCCACUACUAGAACUUGGUUUGUGGUGUUCCUUAGGACACACUCUGUACACACAGUGCCACAUGGAAGGAGUGUACACACAAGCAGACUCAGUAGAAAGCAGUAAUCCUUAUGUUACAUGGAAAUUUAGUGCUGUAUUCAAUGAUGCCAGCAUGCCCAUUGAAGAGAGAUUAGUUACAUCUGUUGUAUCUAAUGCAAUUAAUGUCUGCUUAGAGUCUAAUGAGACAGGUUCAACAGCCAAUAUCCUGCCAUACCAAGUUAAUGCAGAUAAUAUUAACAAAGCAAUAAAGAACCCAACUGUAAGUAAUUUUCUAAUUGAACUUAUCAGUCAUCUAAGAGACAGAGGACAAGACUUGUUAGCAGUAUCAAUUACUUUACUGAUGGCUCACGGAAAAGCAUCAGUUGAAAAGUCUCCAAAUAUUGUAGGACCUCCUUCUUGGAAUCAGAUCUUCACUUUACUUCUAAAGGUGAUUGGUUCUAAAAGACCUGAUGUUACACUAGCUGUCAGUUUGCUGACAUUGCUUACCACCAAAAAAGAACCUCUCAAGGUAUUGAAUGAACUUAUUAAAAGAUUUGGGUAUGAUUACACGCGUCUGCAGUCUGUAGCCACAGUGGGGAAAGACUUUUGCACCCUGUAUGGCCUUAAAGAAGCUGGGGAUCAAUUCAGUCAGCUGCAUAAGAGAGCCACAUGGGGGAAGCGCUUAGCUGAUUUAAAUGUGUCAUUCAAAGAAGCUUUUAAGGGAGAUCCUAUUGCUCUACAGAAAGUUAUAGGAGUGCUUGUGGCUCACCCAAAUUGUACCUUCUCUAUCUUGAGUGAUUACUGUAUAGACUUUAACCUUCACAUUACUGAUGCUCUGCUGGUAUAUCUGAAGACUGCACUCCACUCAUGGUCUCCUGAAUGCUCUGCUGAAGAAAUUCGUCCUGGAGCAAUAAUCAAGAUUGAAUCUCCUCGUGCUCUGCUCUCAAAAUGUCAGGCCAUAAUAGCAGAGAUUAACAAUAAGACCCUCUUACAUCAGCUGUUGCUUUCUGAAUUAGACUUGCUCAGCCCCUACAACUAUGAGCUCCUUGAACUUGUCCUACAGCAAACCUUGCUACUAGAAGAUGACGUAGGCCAAGGUGAUGUACUGAAACGAGGGUUAGACAUGUUAAAUUUCUUAAAAGUAUAUCCCAGGAAGUCACCUCCUGGGAACAGUGAGAUUGAUGAAUGGGUGCGUGCACAUCCCCAGAGCCUAGGUCCUCCACAGAUAUCUAAAUAUCGCCUGCCAUUCCAUGAUUUCUUCAGGCGUAAAAAUGUUAUGAAGAUUGUCGAACCAGAAAUGGAUAUAACAACUGUGGACAUUUGGCUCCGUGCUGCUUCCACUAUGAAGCUUAGCUCUGACAGGUUGUGCAUGCUAGCCACACAAAAUACAGUUUCUCGCACACUGGAGCAGGAGGCAUCAGAGUCUGCCAAUAGCAAGCCCACUACCUGGCAAGUAUGCAGCAACAACAGUGCCUUGUUGACACGAAUCCGCUUGGUGAUAAGCAAAAUUCAGUGUGAGGAACUGGCAACUGCAUGUGCUAACUGGGUUGUUAACAGGCUUCCACCAGGAGCUGACAAAGUAGAAGCAGCAGAAAAAUGCAAGCUCUUGGCUGAGCAGUGGAAAGAUAGCAGUAAUGAUGGAAAGGCAGUAGAUGCUUUCACUCGAAUGUCAGCCCGUCAUCAGCAGCUGGCCAUAGAACACACCCUUCACAAGUAUGGCCUGGCAGAACCUCAGUACCUUUCCUUUACACGCACACCAGUGGAUCUUGUAUUUGCUCUUUAUCAGCACCCUUGCCUGGAUUCUCUGGCCACACUGAGUACACAUUCCAUGCCAGAUAUCAAUAGCUGUGUGUCAGAAAUAUGCACUGUUGCUGGAUGCCAUCAGUCAUCCAUUCAGCUGGACUUGCUGGAGAAGUGGCUCCCUCCCCCUGAGAUGGGUGAAGGAAUUGGAACGGAGGAGACAGUCACUAACUUCAAGAUUACCCUUGACCCAGGAUCGGUAUCAGAGGAUGACCCAGCAGAUGAUGCUUCCCUCUCCAGGGUUAUUUACGUUCUUCGCUGUUGUCCUCAAAAUGAAGCUGUGAGUUACCUACUGAACCGUGCCUUGAGUGAUGAUACAAGUGUGUCUGCUGCUCAUCGCCUUCGGGCUCUCCGUUGCCUCCUGGCUAUUGCUGAAGAGGAAACCAUUCAGAAAUUUUGCACAAAAGGGGUUACCUCCAUCAGAUCCUUCCUUCAAACCAUUACAUAUGUGAGUCGCCUUGAGAGCUUAGGCCAUGCUACAAGUGUGCAGCAGUUCAACAGCAUGGACAAAAAUGCUCUGGUAGAGGGACUUUGGCGCUCACAACGGCAUAAUCCACAAGCACUCACAUUGUUGACUGACCUUUGUCAUGACUAUCAGGUAACAACAUCAUCACUCUGGGGUGCUGUAUUGACACAACUGACAAAUUUCAUUAAGUCUGGCCAGCUAGACAUUGCUACACUAGAGAGAGUGCUUCUGCAGGUGAAGAGUCUGCCUCAUCUUUGGGUUGUGCCGGCCCUUACAACUGCCUGGACAACCCUGAUCAAUUAUCCAUUCACAAAAGCCACAUCUCCAGUGGAUGAGACCAGCCUUACUUCCUGCGUCCACAGCAUUGACUUAUUGUUGAGACACUGUCCUGUUGUGGUAUCAACAGCCCCUCUCAUAAAGCACUGUGCUUCACUGGAUCUUCCUGCUCUGGGAUUGGCUGUUGCUGCUGCUGAUCAAGUUGAAUGCCAUGACUUACAGGCUAUGAUUAAUAAAACAUCCACUGAAAAGCUGAAGACCCAAUAUGAAAAACUGAAGUCAACAUUUGCCUUUCCAAGGAAUGUAGAGGACUUACUUAGUUGCCUGUAAAGAAACUAGCAGUCAGUCCUUACAGAAACUGAAGGAGACUAAACGAUGUACAGCAUCUAUUUCUUUCUUAGUAUCUGGUUAGAAAUGGCUAAAAAUGAUAAGUAUUGUUUUUCUUGGGUGCAUUGC